GCAAAGAUUCGCCCUCGCCAGUACAAGUUGGUUGCGGAGUUCACACCGGUUGGGUUAGAUCCAACUGAUACCACACAAUGGCGACAGACAGAACUGGAUCUUGAUCUUCAGGAAGGGGCAAUUGUGGAUGCUCGCUGGAUUAAGCCAAUUCACAAGCGGUACCAAGGCCAACGUUUUGCUCACCUAUUGGUUACGCUCUCCUCUCCAGAAGCAGCCAACAAGGUUAUCCGAGCAGGUCUGGUACUAGCGGGCCGCCAUGUAAGUGUAAGGAAGAACCUAGCAGAACCAUUGAGGUGCUCCAGAUGCCAGCGCUACGGUGCAGGGCACCUGGCCAAGGAAUGCCCUCAGGAACGGGAUAUAUGUGGGACAUGUGCACGCUCACAUCGAACAGCAGACUGUAAGAUACAAGAGCCGCAGCAGUAUCACUGUGUGAACUGCAAUGAGAAGGGUCAUGCCGCAUGGGACCGGGAGUGCCCGGUAUUCCUAGACCAUCUAGGCAAGUUAGAUGCUCGCUGCCCAGAGAAUCACCUCCAAUUCUUCCCUACAGGCGACCCAGAUUCAUGGGUCCCU